AUGGCGAUUGACGAGUCCGAGGAGACAGAAUCGCACUACCUUGUCAUUGGCAUUGACUUUGGGACGACGUAUACCGGGAUUAGCUACACCUGGUCAGCCGUGUACGAGGAUGACGACGAUAUCAUCACCGUGCAAGAGUGGCCCGCUCUCAGCGGCCAGACUGAAAAUGCUACCAAAGUUCCCACGCAAAUCGCGUACGAGCGCGACGAGAGCGGCAGAGCAACGAAUUGUUGGGGAUAUCUGAUCAAACCGGGCACGCCACGCUGCGUUUGGAUGAAGUUACUCCUCGAUAAGAAAGCCAGAGUGACUCCGUUUGAUGACCCGAACUUGCGCCGCGCUCUAGAAGAGGAGGAGAUGCGCCUCCCGCCAGGAAAGACGGUCGAGGACGUCACUACCGACUUCUUCCGUGAGCUAUACCAGUUUACCAUGCAGAGCUUGAGGCAGGAGUAUCCCGAUAUCCUUCUUGAUAUGACACCGAUCAAGUACUGUUUCACGAUGCCCGCAAUCUGGUCCGACCAGGCACAGCUGAAGACACUGUGGGCAGCUGAGGAGGGCGGCUUUGCAGCACGCCAGGUCGACGAGGUCACUUUGAUCUCUGAACCAGAGGCUGCGGCAAUGGCAACGCUGACCAACUCGUGGCCGCAAUAUGGAGACAGAAUUCAGGCACGCGAGCCGUGCGUUUUGAUCUGCGACUGCGGUGGUGGUACCGUCGACCUAACAACGUACAAAGUGGUAUGUGACGAUCCGUGGAAGCUCGAGGAAUGCCAUGUCGGAGAUGGCGGCAAAUGCGGUGCGAUCAACCUGGACCGGAACCUCCGCGACCUUCUGAGUGCCCGUUUUGGAGACAAAUUCGACAGCUUACCGGCUCAUUUGACAAGUUCAGGGAGCCUCAUGAUGUAUGACUUUGAACGGAAUAAGCAGGUCUUCGACACCCCCUGUCCACGGUUGAGACAUCUCCGCCUGUUCAUGGACGUCGAAGACCCCGAGCACUACGAUAGUUUCGACAGUGCAGUAAUUCUGAGCGAGAAGGACAUGCAAACGAUCUUUGAUCCGGUAGUGGACCAGAUCAUCAAGCUGGUUGCCGGACAAGUCCACGCAGCUCGCAAGAGUUCGGGCCCCGAUGUAACCUAUCUUCUUCCUAUCGGAGGUCUGAGUGACUCUCCAUACCUUCGCCGCCGACUCCGCAAAUGGUGUCUGGAGCACCGCAUCCGCAUGGGCGGACCGAAGCACAGCUGGGGCGCCGUCGUCAAAGGCGCAGUAAUCCGAGGCGUGGAGCGCGCAACAGUCGUGCGUAAGAAAUGCCGUCGACACUAUGGAACAACUGCGAGGCAGACAUACAACUCUAGACUGCAUGGGGAGAGUCCCCCUGGCGGCGUCCGCUUUGACCCUCUUUACAAACAGAAUAUGGUGUCAAACUGCAUGUCGUGGUCUAUUAAUCGGGGCGUAACCAUCGAACCGGGCAGUUUCGAGCCGAUCCAGUUUUCUUGCUGGCGGCGAGAUCGCGAUAGGCAUCUCGAAAUUCCGCUAAAGUCGUGCAGUUUACCUGAAGCGCCACAGUGGUUUACGGAGCAGAACAUUGAGGAGAUCGGUACCAUCGUCGCUGACCUGAGGGGGGUUGAUUAUACCCAAUUUGCUACGGGUUGGAUCCAUAAAGAGAUGUUCUACGAGGUCGCGUUCACCCUGGAAGUUGUUCUCGGGCAUGAACAGGGGACCGUAGGCUUUCGGGUGCGGAUUGCCGGGAAGGUAAUUUCGCACACAGACGUGCGAAUCGACGAUGGUGGGAAGAAGGUGGAGAAGCGAACAUCAUGA